AUGGAUUCAUGCGUCAUUUACGAAUUAGAGAAAGUCUUCGGCAAUUUGACAAUGGAUUCGACGACUUCGUCGUCUAAGAUGGAUGAGAUCGAGAUAAUCAAAGAAGGCAGCGUCGCCGUCCGAGGACACUUCAUGUGGCGAGAUCGUUAUGUUCUUGUCAAACCAGGAGAAAUUGUCAUCCGUCGCCGACGUGAAGGAUCGAUCAAAGCGAAGAUCGAUCUGCUCGAUGCGAAUAUUAAGCUCACAUUUCUCGGCGGACAGUCACUACUCACGAUAUCUAUGCAUGGCCGAGAUACUGUAUUUGAUUUUCGCUCGACCGUCACGCGUGACGAGUGGAUCAGUGCCAUUGUUAGCGCUCAGGAACGCCCAGAAAGCGAUGAGGAAUGCGAUGAAAACGGAACAGAACUUUUAUCUGGGGAUGAACUAGACGACCACAAACGCAGCUCGAUGUCGAGUAUGGGAACUGAAAAGAGCGAUCUCUUGGAAGAGGACGGCGAAGGCUACAGUGACGCUCUGCUGGCCUUACAAAGCGUACGCGAUUCCGUAAUGCAGUGUCAUUUAUCGAUGGGGGCAGCAGAAGUCGAUACUUUUCUUACUCCUCGCGACAAUCCUGCGACUCCAGCGUUCACAAAGAUCGCUCCAUCACUUCGACGAGUGCAAAGUGCUAAGCGAAGUGAGGAGGAGCUACGACAGAAGCGUCUUCGAUCGCUCUUGACAAUGAUCGAAAGCACGCGGCAUGGUGGACGUGUGGUAUUGCUACAUCUCGGAGUAGUAGCGUCUGCAGGUAUUACAGUCGGUGAUAUGCUACUGGCGUUGGGAGAGAAGCAAAGGGACAAUCCACGGCUCGGUUCCUUCACACCGCGCACCCUGAGCACGCAGAAACACAACGUCGCAUCGUUUGUUCGGGACAUUCUGUUCCACCCUAUUUUUUCAAAGCGCGAGGAGGUCAAUACCGAGGUUGUACAAGGUCUCAUCGACUUGUUCUUCCCUCAUUGUCGAUUAAGAAGAUUCAGCGACGACACGGAAUGGCAGCAGGCGAACAACGUAUCCAGAGUCCCGACAAAGAGCGAAAAUGAUGCUGAUAUCGCCUCAGCCAUACCUGUUAAUACCCCCACCACUCCAAAUCCAACAUCAAGAGCACCACAGAGGAAAAAGCGACGCAACCACUCGUUCCCGAACUUGACUGGCAUCUCUCAACUCGCUAAGAACAAAGGUUUAUUACUAGCAUCUACUGACGACAACGACCGAUCUAUUAGCUCGAGGAAAUGUGAAGAAGGAGGAGCACAACGUUUACGGGAUAACCUGUCGGUGCUGUUUGCUCCUUUGCAUCCGUCUCCAGGUCCUGGAGGAGGAAGAGAACCUCCGAUCCCCCUCUUGAGUUCCAGUACACUGUUCGACUCGACACACGAGGAACUUGACUUAAUUUGUGAAGAUGUCCCGCUUCCUGCACCUCUACGAAGUUUACUAUGGGAGAUGUCGUGCUCCGAGAUGGCAGAACAACUCACAGUUUUCCAUCAUUCUCAACUCACGAACGUGUAUCCGUGGGAGUUUCUCCAUCAUCCCAGACAAGCAGCCAAGGAGCUGACAGACCAUUUCAAUCGAUUAGUGGCGUAUUUUGUGUGGUCGGUGCUCGUUGAGGACUCGCCAAAAGAACGUGCUGAAGUCAUUGAGGACAUCAUCUCUAUCGCUAUGGCUGCAAGUGCACCACCGUUGAAUAAUUUCCACUUGGUGAUGGCAUGUGUAGGCUGUCUGGGUGACACGCCACUCAUGUCUUCACGGAUGCCAACUACGUGGAAAAAAGUCCGUGCCAAGUACAAAACUCGGCUAGGAGAGUUGCGACGCCUGUGUGAUCAUACCGGAGGCUUUGAGAACUUGCGACGCAAACAGAGCACCGAAAGCGCCCGCCCAGUACUGUCUAGUGACGUAUCGACUGCCUCGAUCAUCCCCUUCGUCGGCGUUAUUGGAGUCAUGCUGGAACGACUACGAUCAACUAGCUACUUCACUGCAAAGAAGAUGCUAGAUCUGGACAAACUGGAACGCCAGUAUAUGGUGCUAAAUGUACUUGAGAACGCCCUUCUUAAGCCAGCCCCACGACCGAGUCGAGCACCACAGCGUGGAAAGACAGCUCCGACUGAGACUGCUGAUCAGAUGACAACGCGCAUGCAGCACUUCUUUGCGACUCUGAAAAUGGAUUUUGCCACGUCUCGACUGCAUCAGCUACGCUCACAGCAAAUCCUGGCAAAUGAAACCAGUGCUACGAGUUCCGCUUCAACCUCGUUUGUACUGACAGCAACAGUAAACGGGAGCAACAGAGGAGGUGCACCAUUGACAGCGAGUCUGGCCACGAAUAGCUCGCAUGGCUCCAUUGGACUGAGUGAAGACUCGGGACUGCCGUUCGUGUCGUUCCGUGAUAUCUGCGUUCUAUUGGUGUCAGUGCUGGACACACGCGAACGGAUACAAAUGGCGCUUGAAGCGUUGUUUGUGGAUGGCCGGCAAUCGGCUACACAGUUCCUGCGCAAGUUUUGGCUUGAUUUUAAGCUAAACGUGUGGAUAUCCGGUGUUGGUCCCACACUUCAUAGUGUGCGGCUUUGUGUGUCGGCUCUGUAUCAAGAGGUUAUGACGCACAAGAUCACGGAGCUCAUGCAAAUCAGCGGCUUGGACGAGAACUCGAGUGAUCUGCACGACAUGGUGUACGUGAAGAUCGUGGUGAUUACUGUGCAACCUAUUUAUCUGAAAAUCGUAUCGAAAGUCAAGCGCAAUUUCGUCAAGGAGGACGCUCAUGCAUCCGCUCGGCUACUGAAAAGCACUCCUCAAGUUGUCGUGGACACUAGCAAGCCGACGAUGCCAUGGAGCAGUUGCAGCUCCAGUUCUCCUGUUGAGUUGCUGGACCUUGUAUGUCAACUAGUAGCGCUGCCUCGAGCCAGCACUACUACAGCAACCGUCGCUGCGACCGACCACCAGCUCGCAGCCGUGGAGUUGCUGGGAGCAUUACAGCACCAAGGACGCCACACAUUUCUUGCCACGAACCCGGUGAGCAGUCUGUACCUGAUGAAGCAGAUUCUGGAACCAAAGUACCUUCCUCUUGCUCGUCGACAGGCGCUCGAUGUCUUUGUUGCUGCAGUCACAUGGCUACGAAAAGAGCAAUCGGCGUCCUCCGAUGCGCCUCAAGUCGCCUUGGUGUAG